CACAGAUUCGAUUUCAAUGGCUGAAAUUGGCUCUCCGGGCACGAGAACUCGAGGUAUAGAAAAUAUAAUAGAUGCUCCUAGUUUCUCUUUGGGAUUCACUCAACAAGAAAACCCUAUUGCAGGAGGGUCAUCUUAUGCUGAGAUGCGUAGCAAAAAAAUCAAUGAUCCAAGAAGGAACAAACAACAUCAUGAUUCUCAUGAUGAUAAAGAAACAAAGAGGAAACAGUCAGCACCAGAUAAAAAAGUUUCUGAAGUGCCGCUACAGAAGAAGAGAAAGGUUACCAAGAAUGUUCCUGGAGGCAAGGGCAAAAAAGUAGUUCGGAAGAAACCUUCAAUUGAUGUAGAAGACGAUGGAGAGGAUUCUAGAUUUUUGGUCACGAAGCAGCCUGCUGUGGCCCCAUCUAUGCAAAGAUACACAAACGUCAAUGUAAUCAGUGACAUUAGGGGUAAACUAAAGGGGGCUGGUCAGAUGGACAAGUUUGCAGACUCUAUUUUUGGGAAAUAUCUCAGAAUGCAGCAUAUGGAUGUACAAGCACAGUUGUUCAGGUGCUUCAUGGUUAAAGAGCUUAAGGGAAGUACAUACGAGUGCUUUACAUUUGAAAUAAAUGGAAAAGUAUUGCGUUUUAGCAUUAGAGAAUUUGCACUAAUCACUGGAUUGAAUUGUGUCUCCGACACAAAUGAGUUUGUAUACGAUUAGAUGGAAAAAAAUAGGCUUAUGGAUGAUUAUUUGGGUGGAACAUCUGAUCACAUCAAAAGGGGGCAGCUGAUUGAGUGUUUCAACAAUACAGAUUGGGAGGACAAAGGCGAGGACACAGUCAAGAUGGCCAUAUUGUAUUUUAUAAAUACAUUCGUAUUCUGCGGUGAGCCUGUUCGAUCGAACAUACCUAGGAUACAUUUUGACGUUGUAGAGGAUGGGAGAUAUGUUGAUUAUCCUUGGGGCAAAGAGUCCUUCAAAGAGUUGGUUACAAGCAUUAGUCAAAAAUAUGCCGACUUCAAGCAAUAUUAUAGGAUUCACGGAAUGUCAAUUGCCAUGCAAGUUUGGCUGUAUGAAUCUUGUUCAAAAGUCCCAUCCAAUAUUGCAAUUAAGUCGGGGAAUUUAAUUCCAAGAAUAUUGAAUUGGCGGACUGUUAAAGAAAGACCGAAAUUUGAUGCUUUGAUGGAAGGCAUGUUUAGAGAUGACAUACACCCGGUAAAUUU